GGGUGAUCACGUUACCGGUUCCUGGAUCUUGGCCGGAUGGUUGCUGGAUGGUUACCGGAUGGUCGAGUCAACUAUUCACUGACACGAUUGACCGUCAGGAUGGCGUAGAGAAUGUACUAUGUGUACAAGUACUAUGUAUAGGCAGGGGUCACGGGAUAGACACGUGGUAUGUCUCUCCGUGGAUAACCGCAGCCAGCAUUCCAAUGAAGUGUCCAUAGUACAUAUUUGUAUAAUUUCUGUAUGCAGCCUCGGUUAAAAUACCCGCGGGA